AUGUCGGGCUCACCGUCUGUCAAGACGGAGAAGAACAUGUCUUCCCGCCUGUUGACGAUGAAGUUCAUGCAGCGCGCCGCAGCUUCAGCGGCGGCCAAAGAACCACAAAGUCCUGCCGCCGGUGAUGGCGACGUGCGCGCAAAGCGACCUCGACUUUCCACAGAAGCAGAAGGGUCAAGAACACCUCAAUCAGACCUGGAGGCCAUCUCUGCAGCGCUUGCAGCUGCGGAAGCCGGCGAGUCCGAAUGGGUGCUGGACAUCCCUACGACGCCGUAUACUCCGCAACCAAUUGUACUCUCUGCCGGAUCUCUGGACGCCGAAGAUGACUUACCGCAGGGAGGUCGUCGUGCGUACGGAAAUUUUGUGCGCAAGAAGCCCAGCGUCUCUACCGCAGGCAAAUCGUCGGAAGCCAAUGGAGAUGAUGAGGACGACGAUGAUGAAGAAGAGGAGGAUGAGUACGAGACAAAUGCCCUCAACCCAGCCGAUCCUGACGCUGUUGCCGCGCACAUCGAGAAACAACGCCAAAAGGCGCUUGCCAAGGAACAACGGCGAAAAGAUGCCAUGGCCUAUGCGGAGCGCAAGCGAUUGUCUGGCUUGACCAGUAUUUCGGGGUCACAAAAGUCAACAUUUCCUGGCAUGGGAUCACAAUCGGCCAAGAAGAAGAAGAAGCGCAAGUUUUGA